AUGAGCAGCACUUCUGCGGCAGAAUUCGUCGACCAGUCAGACUUCGAAUAUCAUGUCCUGAAAGCAAUUCGCAGCGCGUCUGAAUCUGAAGUGUUGGUUUUCACUGAUAUCAACCCACUGUGGGGAGAGGGGAUAGUCGACUUGAUCAAUAAAACGGAUGACGGAUGUUCUACCAGAAAACUUAUGAUUCGUUAA